AUGGAGAUUUUGGAGAGGCUUGGGCCAAACGGAAAACCCACUUAUACGGACUUGAAGGAGAUGAAGUAUUUGCAACAUGUUAUCAACGAGACGUUGAGACUUUACCCUGCAGUACCAUUCAACGCGCGCAUGUCAUUGAAGGAUACAUCUUUGCCGCGUGGAGCUGGGCCUGAUGGCCUUGAUCCUGUUGGGAUGCCGAAAAACACCAUGUUCGGUUACGCCCCCUUGACUAUGCAGCGCAGAGAGGACCUCUUUGGACUAGGUGUUGGAAGGUUUGAUCCAGAUAGGUGGGAGAAAUGGUCACCAAAGAGUUGGUAG